AUGGAAGAGAAUCCGGCUUCUAACACACGAUUUCCCCUCCAGAUCGUCCAAAAGCUCACAGCCGAAGGAGCCUCCGUCUUGGCCGUCGACGUCAACAGCGCUGAAAACGACAAAACCGUCGCGUCGUGCUCCUCCAGCCCCGGAAAAGUCCACGCCUUCACUGGCGACAUAACGCUCGAGUCCUCAUGGCGCUCCAUCCUCGCAACAGCCCUCGAAAAAUACUCAAACCGUCUAGAUGUGGUCGUCAACUGCGCCGGCGUGGUGCAUCUCGCGGGUCCGUCGCAUGAAAUGGCUGAAGACGAGUUCGAGAGGGUGUUUCGCGUGAAUGUGAAACCACUGUAUUUGAGCACCAAGGUGAUUGUGCCUUGGUGGAAGGAGAACAAGCUGCCGGGCUUGUUUAUCAACCUAAGCAGUAUCAGCGAGCCGCGGCCGAGGCCGAAUUUGGUGUGGUAUGCUUCGAGUAAGGGAGCAGUCACAGUUGCGACGAAAGGUCUUGCGGCAGAGUAUGCUGUCGAUCAGAUCAGGUAUAAUUGCAUUCGACCAGCGGUUGGAGAAACGGCUAUGCUCCCUCGAGUACUUGGAGGACAAGACUCACCAGAAGGAAGAAAAAAGGUCCUGGGUACGAUUCCGCUUGGUCGGGUGUGUCAGCCAGCCGAUGUUGCAAAUAUGGUGUGUUUUCUGGCAUCGGACGAGGCGAACUAUAUUACAGGUGCGGCAUUUGAUGUCGACGGCGGCAGAGGCGUUAGCUGA